AUGACUUCGACACGGAGGCCAGGCGUGUCCUUCUUCCCUCGCGCCGACGCCGCUGUCCUGUCCUCUCAACAUGAAUCGCUUCCAGCACGGGAACAGACCGUGGGGCCCAUCUACGACCCUCGUAACUUCGACAAGCCCCUCGAGCCGUGGCCCUUCGCCUCCGGAGAGACUCUCUAUCCUCCCAAAUCGGACCAGUUUGCGCCCUCGUCUAUUCCGGAGAAACCCCCAUACCUGACGGACCCCUACCUGCGGGCUUUCCUCGCCCGGAAUGAGAGACUCAGGCUGUCGAUGCUCUGGUACUACACCCGGGGCAUCCUCGACGAGCCUGAAUUCCGCGCUGGCCUGCAGGAGAAGGUUCAGCUUGCCCAAGAGUCGACGGGUUGGGAGUUCGCCAUCGUUGGUAUCCUCGAUAUUAACUUCUACAUCCGCAUCGCAACCGUGGGCGUCCCCGUCUCCAUCCUUCCUCGCGGUGAAACCCUUUGCGCGCACACCGUGACGCAACCACCCGGCAGCAUUUUCCUAUUGCCGAACAUGCUAGAGGAUUGGAGGUAUCAAAAAUCGCCAUAUGCAGAAUCUGGCGGGCUUCAGGCGUAUGCGGGUGCUCCCUUGCGUUUGCAAAGUAGCGACGGCGACUGUGUCGGACUUGGAUCCCUUUGCGUUGCGUCAGGGACUAGCCAAGAACCUCUAACAAAGAUACAGCAACAAACUCUCGCCCGACUUGCUGACUGGGUGUCGGCCGAUAUCGUGCAGUUUCUCAAGAGCCCGUUUUCAAAAUACUUGAGACUAUCUACCCCGAGGCUACCCAUUACCCUCCAGCCUUCCCGCGAUGCCCAGAUCGACAUCGAAGGACAAGGGUCUGUCCCAUUGUCUGACUUUGAGAACGGCCUGUGGGAGGAUAUCGACUAUAUCGACGACUUCAUCGCCAAAUCGAACCAACGUGAACCCCCGUCGACGAAGGUGGUGCGCAUCCUCACUUCGCCAUGCGAGAGUAUAUCUGGGCCUUCCUUUUUGGUCAUCUCAUCCCGCGAUUUCCGACUCAUCUUUGACGACAUUGACUUGUGGUUCGUUCAGCUCUGCGCCGCCAUGAUCUCACAACUCUGGCACAAAUUGCUAUUGGAAGAGGCUUUGGUUGCCAAGGAGAAGUUUCUUCGCGGGUUUUCGCAUCAGCUCCGAACACCCAUCCACGGGAUCCUCGGAUCCGUCGAAUUAUUGGCUGAGGUAUUAAAGCCCAAACUUCCCAGUGGAACCACGCCUCCACCGUCCGACGCUGAAGAAAACAUUCGGGCUGCUGAGCCCUCCUUGUACCUGGACACCAUCAAAAUCGCCGGAAGAGAUCUCAUAUCGAUAGUGAAUAGCAUGAUUACUUUGAAUCGAUGGGCCGACAUUGCCAUGGCUGAUCGUUGCUAUUCCAUGCAUACCGUCCAUGACCUUGAGACGGAGCUGGGAGAUGAGAUCCACAAGAUGCUGGUUGAGGAUCCGCGCUACAGAUCGUCGAUUUUUUUCGAAUCGACCAAUGAUGUUCCUUUCAAGAUCGACAUCGGCCUUCUCCGAGAUUGUCUACUGCCGCUAGUCAUCAACGCCAUCCAGAACACGCAGGAUGGGAUGAUCAAGGUAAAGAUUACGGCGCACACUGAUGCGAAGGAACUCGUUGUCGACAUAGAAGAUAAUGGUAGAGGGAUCAGUCCCGAUGACUACCAACGGAUAUUUGAGCCUUACGAAAAGGUUGACACGCACUCUGGCGGUGCAGGUUUAGGAUUGACACUGGCUUCCAAGUUCGCGACGCUUCUUCAUGGCUCCAUCACUUUAGAAUCAUCUAGCAUUGGCCGUGGCUCACUUUUUCGCGCCACAUUUCGCAAAGUCGAGUUUUCGCAACCAGAAAUAGUAUCCCCACCACUCAAGCUGCAGAGCUUUCCUUUGCAAGUUUAUGUUAAGGAACCAUCCUCCGAGGACCUUUCACUGCACAACUGUUUCUCCGACUUUCUCGCUCGGAACGGAUUUACGCGGUCAAACCAGAAAGAAGAUUGCUAUGUGAUUCUCCUUGAUUAUUUCGCCGACGUGAAACACGGCGACAAAUCCCAGAUUCCGCCUGGUAAGGCUGGGGUUUGUUUAAUUCCAACCACAGAGAAGGAAUCCUACUUUGAGCAAGCUUCCAACGACAUACUAUUCUUCACAGGUCCAUUUUCAACGUCAAAGUUGCGUUCAGCAAUCGAAGAAAUCAACAGAAGAUUGGAAAAUCUCGGAACUUUGCCAGAGGAUCAGCCUCUGACCAGUGCUCCGCCAUCCAACCAGCCACAGUCGGAGGAAGGACUCGUCGAAAAAGAACUCCCUGCACACACGAAGCCCUCAGAAAUCCCGAUUCCGGAAUCAGCUGAACCAGCAGCACCCGAACCGGAACCAGCACCCGUAGCACCAGAGGUCCUGCCGAGCCCGAUUCCCAUCGCAGAAACAAGGGAGGCCGAUCUGGGAAGCAUACUGAUCCCGACGAGAGCCCCCAAACCCACGACGCUGCUGGUGGACGACAACGCCAUCAACCUGCGCAUCAUGCAGAUGUACUGCACCAAAAGAGGUCUCCCCUACCUCUGCGCCAAAGACGGAAGAGAAGCGGUCGAGGCCUACUCCAAACACCAGGUCGACGCUGCCGAGGGCAAGGUUAGCCCAAUCGAACUCAUCUUCAUGGACCUCCAAAUGCCAGUCUGCGAUGGCAUCGAGGCGACCCAGACGAUCCGCCAGCUGGAGAAGGAGAAGCAGUGGGCUGAGUCGACCGUGUUUAUCGUCACGGGCCAGGACAGCCCGGCUGAUCGAGCUGCCGCGGACGGCGCUGGGGCCCAUGAGUACUAUGUAAAACCUGUGAGCGUUGCAACACUUGAUUUAGGCGUGGUUCGGUAUUUUCCUGCAUUCAAAGCAAAGUGA